GCCUGCGAGUACAUAUGUAUAUGAAUUCUUUUUAGAAGCAACCCGACAUCCCAACCCACACACACACACGACUACCUACUCCAAACAACAGCCCGAACGUCGCCGAGCAACACACGAACGCGAGCGCAAAGCUCUCGCUCUCUCUCUCGCGAUCAUCAAUCGGUAUUUCUUCCCCCUCAAUCACAUCAGAUCGCACAGCUGGUGGAGUCAGUCGGUACCCAGCAAAAUUGACAACAAAACGCCAAGAACAAACGAAAAUAUUAUGAAAAUUGUUGUAGAUUUUUGCCAGUAAUUUCCAAAAAUCGAAACGCGGAAAACAAAGCAAAAAAUUUCACGAAAAUAUAUACAAGUGACUGACGGACGCGAUGAUAAGAAUUACUUAUCAAGAAAUUCAUACAAAAGUGUGCGUCUAAGUUCUGUGUGUUAUGAUUAUAGUAGUAUGUGCAGUUGGCGUCGUGCUAAUGUGCUUCAUUAUAAAUAAAUUUCAGUCUUAAUCUCUGCCACAUGUGUGACCCAGUUUUAUAAAGAGAGAAACCAAAUAAAACUGAAGAAUACACAAGCAACAAUGAAAUUUACAUACAUAUGUAUAAUCGAGGCCCUCCCCCUCCUUAAUGUACGUGUGCCCAUGCAUAAUAAUUAAUUAUUACAAAAGCGAGUGAACACUUUAACCGAAAUACAAUUUCAAUUAAUUAACAAAACAUCAAGGAAGUAAUAUAAACGAUAUUUACAACAAAACCAACACCAAAUACAUAUUUUUUCCGGUCUUGUUUAUAAACCAACGAGGUGCCAAAAACCAAUAAGAGGAAUAUAUAAGACAUCGUAAAGUGUGAACUGCGCAGUCGCAGUCGCAGUGCGCCGGCGCACAGCCGGAGAAGCCCCCGCACUCGGAGCAGAUAUUCCUUUCGGGCCAAUUACGAUGACAGAGAAUCAGCUGUAUCCCAUGUCAUCGGAAUUCUUUGACACUGGCUCCAACAGCAGCAGUAAUACGUUGAAGUACGAUCUGUAUUCCCUGGGAUCGAGCGUUGUGGGCGUUGCGGCCCUGCCCACAUUGACCAUCAAUACGGGCUAUGGGAGUAGCAACAAUCAAUGCUCGACGGGCACCACAAAUACCUGUAAUGUAAUGCUUAGUACAACGGCCAUAACCAUACCACGUAGCAACAAUCACAACCAGAGCCAUCAUCAUCCGUACCAGCAGCCGGAUCUACAGACGCCGCGACAUCAUCCCAGUCCGUUGCAUACAUUGCCCAGCAUGGCGACCCACCACCAGCAACACCAGCAACAGCAGCAGCAGCAGCAGCAACAACAGCAGCAACUCCAGCAACAGCUGCAGCAGCAACAGCAGCAGCAGCAGCACUCGCAUUUGGCUUUGGGAGAACUCUCCGAUUUCGGUUUGGAUGCCCUCGAUGCGGCCUCCCUGUCGCCCACAUUGCUGCAGGACGUUAGCCUGAGUGCUGCAUCGCCAUUGAACUCCACGCUGUACAACGGCGGCAACAGCAGUGGGGCCGGGGGCUACUUUGCACCCGAUAUGAGCCAAACGCUCAGCCUGAACGUGGUCAGCGAACAGGUGCUGCAGCUGCAGGACGGCGUCGCCGGACAGAACGAGCUGCUGUACGAGAUGACGCCCAAUUCGAAUACCAUGUGGAGUGAUAUCAGCAGUGCCAUUAUCCAUACCAAACACGAACCAUUUAGUCUAGACGAUGAUUACAUUUUCCCCAACGACAAGGCUGAAAUACAGGCCGCCGAUCUGGCCGAUCUGAAUGGCGGUGACUUUCUGGAUGUCAUUGGGAGCAUAGAGGACUUUCUGCCCCCGGCAACAGUCUCGCAAAGUGUCAAUUUCAUGUUGUCCCCGCAGGGGGCCCAGGGACAGGACUCGCUGGUGGCACCACCCAUGGAGUUGCUUCAGCAGCAGCAGCAACAGCAGCAUCAGCAGCACCAGUUCCAUGUCGGCAGCCUCCCGCAAUCGCAGACGCUCCUCACACUGACCCAACAGUCGAACAGCAGUGCCUCCACUAGUCCCUACGAGAUCUACCACAGUACACCGCAGAAGCCGCAGCAGCAGCUGGCGGCCAGCUUCUCGCCCGGCAGCCAAGCGUCGCACUCCCCAUUGACGCCACCGCCGCCGCCGCACGCCAAUCGCUCCCAGUACCAGAUGGUCAAGUCGCGGAACAUGCAGGAUCUCAUCAAGAAGGGCUUUCCCAUGUCUUCGCCGCCGGAAAGAUCGAUGCUGAGCCAGUCGGCCGCCCUGAGUCCGGGCGGCAGCAGUGGCUUUGGCAGUGCCGCCUCCGGGAACAGCACUGCCCCGGAUGGAAGCGGUCCGAGCAGCAGCAGCAGCAGCAGUCAGGCGGCCGGAGGGGCUAGCAGUGUACGCAAGUCGUUUGGCUUUCAAGGAGGCUCCAUGGAGAGCAGCAACUCGCAGCUGAGCCGACUGAGCUCGUCGGCGCCCACCCAUCUGGGGAAUGAGCAGAUUUGGAUGCGACGAGAGCCGCGUCAGCAUUUACUCUCUACCGGCUCGCUGGCCGAGGCCGAGAGCUUCUCAUCGCUGAGCACGGGCAGUGUCCUGUCGCCGGAUGGCAUUGACUUCUCGCAGGACGAUGAGGACGACAACUCGAGUGAGAAUAGCGACAACUACGACGACUUUAGCAGCGACAACGGCGGUGGCUCUGGCGAUGAGGACGAGACACGCACCUCAACGCCCAACCAAUUGUCCAGCAGCAAGGGGAAAGAGCGCUUCUUCUGGCAGUACAAUGUACAGGCCAAGGGACCCAAGGGCAAGCGUUUGGUCUUCCAAUCCAAGCUCGAGGAUCCGCAUCAUCUCAACGAGGUCACCGAUCCCGUCUUCAGUCCCACCUGCUCGGUGCGAGGCAUAAAAGUGUACAAGCAUAGCGGAAAGGCCCGCAAGGGCGAUGGCAAUGACCUGACACCGAACGCCCGAAAACUGCACAACAUUGGCAAGGAGCUGGACAAACUGAGUCGCACUAUCAACGACAUGACACCCGUAUCGGAGCUGCCCUUCAAUUCGCGUCCCAAGUCGCGCAAGGAGAAGAACAAGCUGGCCUCCCGUGCCUGUCGCCUGAAGAAGAAGGCCCAGCAUGAGGCAAACAAAAUUAAGCUGUAUGGCCUUGAAAUAGAACACAAGCGCCUCAUCAAUGGCAUUGCCGAGCUCAAGCAGGCCUUGGCCCUUAAGCAUCGCACCAAAAGUCUGGGCGAGUCCACGGAGGAGGUGGAUCUGCAGAUUGCACGCAUUUAUACAACGGCCAAAACUGGUGUUUGCAUCGCGGGCGGCUCUACGGAUUUCGUGAACAAAGUGCUGGAGAAUAUGCGCGGCGGCUUGCACAAUGGCGGCCUGGAGGACCUGCGUAAAUCAUCGUAGACCAAAAAAAAACCCAACAACAACAACCACAACAACAGAUUAAAAGCUAACGAACCGCCCAUCAAGAAUAGAAUAGUUUUACGUUGUAGAGAUGUCCCGCUGAUAAAACUGAUAACAGAACUCAGGAUGGCCUCUCCCCCCAAAAAAACCCUCAUCAAAAAAAAUACAAUAGAUGUUGUUUUUAAUGUUUUUUUUUUUUGAUAAUGUUCUGCUGGAGUGAUAUAAUAUUGAUAACCGAUAUAUAACUGUGAUUUAAAGAGCCUGGGCUUUGGAUGUUUUUUUGUAUGGCAUGCAGAUGAAAGCCUUUAAAAACCGAAGAACCAGAGCCAAAAAACAAAAACAAAAGAAACACAAAAUUCCUUUUGAAAAUGAAACAUU